AUGACGAAACCGACAAAGCACAAGAAGAAGAUUCAAGCUGGCUCGACAGCGGCGAUCUAUAUCUCACGGACGCAAGCUGUGAAGAAGCUGCAAAUAUCUCUAGCAACAUUCAGGCGCUUAUGUAUCUUGAAAGGCAUCUAUCCGCGUGAACCAAACAAUAAGAAGAAAGCUGGGCGUGGAUCCACGGCUCCAAACACCUUUUAUUAUCGAAAAGACAUUCAAUAUUUGCUCCAUGAACCUGUCUUGGACAAGCUACGGCAAUUAAAGACUCAUACCCGCAAAGUAAAGAGAGCCAUUGCAAAGAGAGAGUUCUCCGCUGUCUCUACUCUUGAGCUGCAAAAGCCGGAAUAUGGCCUGAGCCAUAUCAUUAAGGAGAGAUACCCUUCGUUUAUCGAUGCAUUGCGAGAUUUGGACGAUGCCUUGUCAACAGUCAAUCUGUUUGCUACGUUACAUGUAGACAAUGCUGUGAUCAAAUCUGCAGAUGUAGAAGAAUGCCGUCGCCUUAGCAAUGAAUUCCAACUAUAUGUCAUCGAAACUCGCUCCUUGAGAAAAGUAUUCCUAUCAAUCAAGGGAAUUUAUUUUCAAGCCGAAAUCCAAGGACAACUUAUUACUUGGAUUGUACCGCAUGCCUUCUCCCAAAACACACCUUCAGAUGUAGACUUUAGAGUAAUGGCCACGUUUUUGGAAUUGUACAGGUCUCUGGUCGGAUUUGUAAACUUUAAACUAUUCACCGAUAUGGGCCUGCUUUAUCCAUUAUUAGUCAAUAUAGAUCACGACCGACAAGCUGGAGGUUUGUCUGGCUACAUUAUGAAUAAAAAGGAUAUCGUCGAGGGUUCAGAUGACGGCAAAAUUGCAGAAAAGAGUACAGCUGCUCACACCGAUAGUACUCCUAGAUUUGUAAUGCCCGUGGAUACGGAAGAAGAAUCUUCCGAUGAAGUAAAUGAUGUAGCUGAAGUCGAAGGAAAUGCUGAAACGUCUGCACCCAAACCCAUACUACCAUCAGAUCCACUACCUUCCUAUGAAUCAAUCAGUCAACAAGAAAGUCAGACUUCAAAGUUGACGCACUUGUUUGCCGAUGUCGUAUUUUACUUGAAUAGGGAGGUGCCAAGAUCACUCAUGGAGUUCGUCAUUAAAUCGUUCGGUGGUCGUGUUGGAUGGGAUGACACUGCCGGAGCCUGCUCGCCAUUCAAGGCAGAUAACGUAAAAAUCACUCAUCACAUAAUUGAUCGUCCGUUGACUGGCAUAAAAACGUUUGAUCGCCGUACAUAUAUUCAACCACAGUGGGUGUUUGAUUCAAUCAACUCUGGUAGAUUACUUGAUACUAGGCCAUAUGCCCCAGGAGAAACCCUCCCUCCUCACUUGUCACCGUUUGUCCGUGCCGAUUUGGAAGCUGAUAUUGCAAUGGCAGAGGCCGAUGAAGAGGUUGCUACUGUUGAGGAUAAAGACAUUGAAGAAGUAGAAGGUGAUGAAGUAGCUGGCGACGACGAAGAAACCGCUGCUGUGGUGAAACUAUCGAAGGCUGGCAAGUCAAUCAACAAGAAGCAUGCUGGUCAAAACGGCACACAGGCUCUGGAAGACAUAGCUGCUACCAUGAUGUCCAAGAAGGAUCGUUAUCUCUAUAGCAGAAUCCUAGCAGCAAAGGAGAAGAAGGAAGAAGCUGUCAAGAAGCUCGCUCAAAAGCGUAAGGCUGUGCAGAAACGGGCAUAG